AUGGCGUCAAUCGGACAAUGGCAUCCUCCAUCACGUGGGGCCUCCUCCUGCUGGCAGACCUGUGUAGUCAAGUCCCUGGCGCGUCAGUCCAGCCCUGAUAUUUAUCAAUACGAUCUCCCACACUUCUCCAGCUUCGCCUUCAGCCUGUACCAUGAACUGGCCCGUCAGUCCAAUGACAAAAUCAUCUUCUCCCCAGUGAGCAUCGCUAUAGCCUUUGCGAUGCUCCUCUCCCUGGGAACCAAAGAUGAUACUUACAUCCAGAUCCUGAAGGGCAUAGGCUUCAAGUUUAAGAAGGCGCCUAAGGCUGAUAUCCACAAAGGCUUAGGGAGUCUCCCUGAAACCCUUAAGCAGCCAAACAGUCAGUUCCAGCUGACCGCCAGCACUAUGCUAAUCAUUGAUGAGAAUCCGAAGCAAAAGCCUGAGUUUUUGUACAAUGUCAAGAAGCUGUACCACUCAAAAGCCCUGUCCAUCAACUUCAGGAACAUCAAAGAGGCCAAGAAAGAGAUCAACCAUCAGAUAAAGAUAAGAACUCAGGGAAUAAUUGUGGAUUUGGUCAAAGAGUUUGACGAAGACACGGCUCUUGCUCUGGUGAACUACAUAAUUUUUGAAGGCAAAUGGAAGGAUAAAUUCGAGGCUCAGCGCUUCCUAAAAGGAGACUUCCAUGUGAACGAGAAGAUCACGGUCAAGGUGCCCGUGACCAACCGCCUGGGCAUGUUCCACCUGUACCGAGACAAUGAGUUCUCCUGCUGGGUGUUGGUGCAGCACUACCAGGGCAGAAUGGCCGCCUUCCUGCUUCUGCCCAACCUGGGGAAGAUGCAGCUGCUGGAGGAUGGGCUCUCUGAGAAGAACCUCGCCAAAAUCCUCAAAUACCUUGAGAUACGUUCUGCCAAUUUACACUUGCCCAAACUGUCCAUUUCUGGAACCUACGAUCUGAAAACUCUCCUGGGUAAACUGGGCAUCACCAAGGUCUUCAGCAACGGGGCUGACCUCUCAGGGAUCACCGAGGAAGUGCCUCUGAAGCUGUCCAAGGUGAGCGUGUCCUUGACCUCUGUAGGUCAGAAUGUGCAGGGGGGCUGCAGCUCAAGGGUGAGGCUGAGGAAGGGACAGAGGGACACAGGCACACCUGCAGACUGAGGUCCCUGAGGAAUGCCAUCGCUCCACCAAGACUGCAAUGUGGUCGGAUGAUGGAGGGGGACAGGUGGCCUCACAUGCUUGGUGCAUUUUCUUUAAGGACCUCCUCUGAGGUUGUGUCACUCACCCUGUCUCAUCCUUGGCCAGGGACUUCCCUUCUUUGGGUCCCGAUAAACCCUAUUUACAGAGAGAGGCUUAGGCUCAGGGACUGCAAAGGACCUUUGGCCCUGCGCCUGUGACAUCAGGAGCUACUGCUGAAUCACUGAGUCUGAGUUACAGAGUGAUUUCGACCAAAGAUGCCAUUUACGCAGGAGAAUUGCAGGUGCCCAGAGAAACAACUGCAAUUCAGUGAUUGACUGUGAGCUGAGUGCCUGGGUGGGGAUGAGGCGUGUGAAGGUCCCCAUCGAAGCCCUGGUCCCCAAGGAGUUUAGAAUCUGGUCUACAAACAAGUGCGGAGCCAAGGAGACAAAGUACAAGAAAAUCCGCCUCCCGAGGUGGUGGGUUCCUUCCCAGGGCCGUUGAGGAGGCUGGUCAGGAAGGGGUGAGGGUCCCCUCGUGGGUCAGACACAAGCCUUGAGAGCCAUGCUUGUGUGUCUCCUGCAAGGAGGGGAGGACAGGCCAG